CCUCUCCUCUCCUCUCCUCGUCGGAGCGGGUCCCUGCUAGUUUUUUCCAAUGUAAAAAAAAAGAAAAAAAAAAAGACACGUGGUUGUUACAACCCUCUCUGAGGACCCAGCGGGGACGCGGAGGUGGAGAGAUGCGGCGCAGUCGGGAUGGGAGAGGACGCGUUGAGGAGAGAGCCCGUAGACUCUCUAACUAUGGACAUUCUGCUGCGCCUAUUUGGAAUAAGGACUUAAAAGACUUUGCACAUUGAGUACUCUAUCUCUCUCUUUUUUUAUUGCUCUCUCUCUUUUUUUUCUGUCCAAAAGGAGGCAUGCAGGAGGUGGAAGAUCGCAGGUGAUGAGAGGAGAAAAAAUGCCAUUUGCAGUAGAUUUCCAUAGUGAAAUGCGCGCUGAGGUCCUAAUGGGAGAUUUACGCAGAUUAUUUACGCACAUUUUAAUUGUUUAAAAGUCAUAUAUUGACUAAAAAAAUUGUAUUGACUCAAAAUGGAUUUCUUGAAUAUCUCCAGCCUGGAGGAUGAUGGUGUAGAGGCAGAAAAUAUCUCCUCUAAUUCCACCUCCCAGAGCCAGUACAGCCAGCUCGCUAUCUGGAGUCUGGCCGGACUUGUCAGCUUUCUCAUCUUGUUUACAAUAGUCGGGAACGUCUUGGUUGUUAUCGCUGUUUUAACGAGCAGAGCUCUGAAACCACCCCAGAACCUUUUCCUCGUCUCCCUGGCCAGUGCGGACAUACUUGUGGCCACCCUGGUCAUGCCCUUUUCUCUGGCAAAUGAACUCAUGGGCUACUGGUUUUUCGGCAAAAUCUGGUGUGACAUCUACCUGGCUCUGGACGUUUUGUUCUGCACCUCCUCUAUCGUUCACCUGUGCGCUAUUAGUUUGGACCGGUACUGGUCGGUGACACAGGCGGUAGAGUAUAACUUAAAGAGAACGCCGAAAAGAGUUAAAGGGAUGAUCGUGGUGGUGUGGUUGAUCUCGGCCGUCAUCUCCUUCCCGCCGCUGAUAUCGAUGGACAGGAGCAACAAUGAGGCCAGUCCCCAGUGUAUCCUGAAUGACGAGACCUGGUACAUCCUCUACUCCAGUAUUGGCUCCUUCUUUGCCCCCUGUGUCAUCAUGAUCCUGGUCUAUAUUCGCAUCUACCAAGUGGCAAAGACCAGGACCAGAUCAAUGUCGGAGAAGAAGAGGGAUGUGGACUCGCCGCUGGAGAAUGGGAUGGACCAAGCCGAACCAGGCAGAGGCGGGUCACAGAAGUCCAACAGGGACGGAAGCAUGAAAGACCAGGAACGUGGGAACGGACACUGCCAAGAGCAGGCGACUCGAUCCCCUCUGCCGAACGAGCCAAAGCAUCCGCCGACGGACCACGACGACGACUACGACGACAGCAGCUCGUCUGACGAGAAACCGAAGAAAGGUUCCAUUUGCUCGAAACACCACCGGGACGACAAAAAAGACAGGAAGUCCAGCCGGAAAAGCAGCACCGCCUCCAAAUACUCCAGCAGGAAGUCGCGUGCCAGUUCCAAGUCCAUGGAGCUGUUCUCGUCGCGCCGCAAACGCCGGAGCACCGUCAACCGGAAGAAAAUCUCCGCCGCCCGGGAGAAGCGCUUCACCUUCGUCCUCGCCGUCGUCAUGGGUGUUUUCGUCUUGUGCUGGUUCCCGUUCUUCUUCUCCUACAGCCUGUAUGGAAUCUGCCGGGACCCGUGCGAGAUCCCCGAGACGCUGUUCAAGUUCUUUUUCUGGAUUGGCUACUGUAACAGCUCGCUAAACCCGGUCAUCUACACCAUCUUCAACCAGGACUUCCGCAGAGCCUUCCAGAAGAUCCUCUUGGAAUGUACAGUAGAGUGGCAUCACGGGCAAUUUCCUCACUCAGCCAGGCAUGUGUUUUGUCCGCUCCCCUCUGAGAAAAUAGAUGGAAUACAGAGGUACUGCUGAGGCACAUGGGCACCCACUGAAGCUGUCACUCUGUGUGUGUGUGUGUGUGUGUGUGUGUGUGUGUGUGUGUGUGUGGAAGAGAACGAGAGGGGCUAAAUGUACAACAGUGAAACUCUGCUGUGAUAAAGUGAGCUGGAGAAUUUAUUGCAUCCUAUCCCAACUGCCAGUUAGUGAUUGUCGGCGUGUGUGUCUAUGAGUGUGUGUGUGUGUGUGUGUGUGUGUGUGUGUGUGUUUACUUUCACAAAUGGCCUGAUUCUUUCUGGUCAAGUGUCUUUCUAUUCUCCGCAAUCCUAUUUUCUGUCACGUUUCUCUCCCUUACAGCCACAAAAAGCACUUAGCCGCAGUAAAAACCAAACACCUUAUCACUCUGCUCUAAUGUCUGCUGCUCUCACACACACACACACACAGUAUAAGAACACACACACGUUAUUAUACACACAAAUGACCUAUCCAGUCAGUAUUGAAUCUUUCAAACAUUCAUAGCCGGAAGGGCUAAUGCUUUAUUUUUUUGUGUUCUCUUGUAAAUAAUUGAAGAAAGUAUUAUUGUGUGGUGCCUCAUAAUCACACAUGUAUCAAUAUGCUAAAAAUGUAUUGUUUGUAUAAUGAACAAGGCUCUGAAAGAUUUUCAUGUUACACCAACUUCUGUCCUUUUCUAAAAGAGCAAGUGUUUACUUCUCUGCUUUGAGCACAUUCGAAAGAACAAAUAAAGAGAUUACUUCAACUGUCAUUUGAAAAUCG